AAAAGCAAGCUUACUGGUGGCUCUUGCGCCACCAAGAAAAUUAUAGAAAAAUAAUAAUUAGUUUGAUAUAUAAAAAAUACUUGCAUAAUUCAUCAGAGUUGCUCGCAGCAGACAAGUCGUUUGUUUCAAUGUCUCUUCAUCUUCAGCUUCAGCUACAUCUUCCUGGGCGCGUGAAAACAACCACAUGCCCGCCGCGUGCACGAAGAGUCAAAACCCUGGCUACUCUGUCGCAACCCCAAAGCGACGGCGUUAACUGGGUAGAAGCAACUUCAAAUUUCUUCGAGCAAGACAAAAGACCCAUCAUGUUAUUUGACGGUGUAUGCAAUUUGUGUAAUGGAGGAGUAAAGUUUGUUCGUGAUAAUGAUCGAAAUAAGACAAUUAGAUAUGAAGCUCUUCAGAGUGAGGCUGGUAAGAUGUUACUUAGGAGAUCAGGAAGAGCCCCUGAUGAUAUCUCAAGUGUUGUUCUUGUUGAAAAUAAUAGAUCAUACAUAAAGUCAGAAGCUGUGCUGAAGAUAAUGGAGUACAUCGACUUACCCUUUCCUCAGCUAGCGUUUUUUCUUCACUUCAUGCCUCUGUUUGUCAGAGAUUUUCUUUAUGACAAUGUUGCAAAUAACCGUUACACCGUUUUCGGUCGCUCUGAAUCAUGUGAAAUCUAGCAUCAUCCUCGAAGGAAUACUGGUUAUAAUAGUAUUUUGUUAUAUGUAUAUGUACUGUAAAGCAUAGCAAACAAGCUUUAACUUGAUGUAAUUGUUUCACAAAUAGUGUAUAUUGUUGUACCA